AUGCGGUUCACUCUCGCCACCCUCGCCGGCCUGGCUACCACCGCCAUGGCCGCUGUCCUGCCUCGCGCCUUUGAGGGUGACUUUACCUACUUCAACCCGGCCGUCGGCGCCUGCGGCUUCGUCAACAGCGACAGUGACAAGGUUGUGGCUAUCUCGGCGGCCCUCUUUGAUGCCGCUAACAUCAGCGGCGAUCCGAACAAGAACCCACUGUGCGGCCGCUCCAUCGUUGCCCGCCACGGCGGCAAGGAGGUCACCGUCACUGUCGUUGACCGCUGUGUCGGCUGCGCUUUGAACGACCUCGACCUCAGCGUCGCCGCCUACAACGACAUCGCCGACCCCAACGCCGGCCGCGUCAAGGGCAGCUGGAACUGGAUCUAGGCGCAUCCGCUCAGAUCUGGGAGGCAUGUCUUCGAGGCAACAACGGGGUCUUUCUCUGAUCUGUGACUCGGGACAUCGUGGUCUUCAUCAAGAACACCGACUGGACUCCGCUCAUUGCCACCCAUGCCAUAGUCACGCCUGGCGGGUUUCCUUGGGGCUGGGCACUUCUUUACCCAAUGGAAGCACUCAUUUUUGGUAACGACAACAACGGUCGAUAUGCUUUCUAGAUUUUUUAUGGUUCUAGAUGGUGGGCACAGGAGGUAUCGCGUUGAGAAUUUUACAUUAAACUAGAUGACCUCGGAGUCAACUAAUAUCACCAGUCUCGCC